UUUUUUAGGCCUUGUGUGAAAAUCCGAUGAUGUUUUAUGUCAUAUUUAUGCAGAGUAUAGAAAUAGGGUUCACAAACUUUCAAGCACCACUGUACACUGUAUUGAAAAUGGUGAGAAUCUUUAAAUCUGGCAAUUCUUACAUCUCUUAUCAAUAAGAUUAUGUAACCUACUGUGAGGAGGUUCAUCAUGUUGGCUCGUUCUUUAUGCUUGAUAAGUUUGUGUUUAACAGAUUUAUCUGUAUUCGCCAGGGACGAACAUUUGGCGUGUUGGUCAGAUUGAGUGUGUUGGUUUCUGUUUGCAAUAUAUUUUUGCUCCAGAGUUUAUAUUAUCAUAGAAUCUGGAUUUCCUGAUAAGGAUGAAAUGCAUUCGGGCUUCAAUUUGGUGUCCAAUUAUGAUUUUUUUGUGUGUUUUAGUCAAAUGUAGGAAUAUUAUGGAUUUCAAAGCAGGUUUUGGGUGAUUUUCAGGCAAAAAGUUUGUAAUACAAUUCCAAGUAUGAAGCAGAGCAAUGGGGCUUGAGUAACUUUUUAAUUUGUAUGCACAAGAUGUGCAGUGAGAAGAUUUUUGAUGGGCCAAAAAAAAAGUUUCUGUUCAGAAAUGCACCAGGUUAUUUUUAAACCAUUGACCUUCUAAAUUAGGUCAGGAGUGUUAAAAUCCCCACUCAUAGUGGAAGCACAUGCUAACUUAAAGCUCAUCAAAGUGCACAGACCAGCGGAACGGGUUUGUAAUUCCGAAGAGAUGCACCUCUGUAGUGCUGCAAGCUUGAUCGAGACGAGGAGAAUGCAAAAUCAGCUGCUCGUUCGAAGUGAACUACUUACUGUGUCUUACGUUACUGAUAAAACAACUGUAUAAGCGAUGAACAGAGUGAGUUCACUUGCAGUGUGAUUCAGCUUGUGAGGUUGCCAUGCCAUGUGUGAUCUGAGGCUCUGUGUUUGCAGAUGAUCCGAGUCCUCUGUCAUAGGAAACCUGUGCAGAAAUGAAUAAAACGUAUAAAAUGUGAAGCAAGACUUCAGUUGAUCCCAUAUUGAGUGCACGUAUUAGACAGAUAUUGGCUUGAAUUGCUGAACAGCAACAGAUCGGAGUAGACAUGUUUCCUGCUGACAUUUUUGAUAUAUGUUGAUUAAGAAUUUUCUUUUUCUUCUUAUGCAAAGCCUUAAACACAUCUUGGGGCACAUCUUCUGGAAUCGUUUCAACAAUGUUUUCAGUGAGAAGUAUUAGCUCGGAUGUCUUUUUGAAAAGGAUGCAUGUAUAGUAGGAAUAUAUACAUAUAUAUGUGGGCGUGAACAAGCUGUAGGAGGGAGGGGGGCAAGGUGGCUUAGUGGCUAGCACGUUUGCAUUGCACCCUUGUGGUUGGGGGUUCGAAUCCCACCUCCGCCUUGUGCGCAUGGAGUUAUGGGGUUCUACCCGCUCUUCAGGGGUUUCCUCCGGGUACUCCGGCUUCCUCCCAAAGUCCAAAGACGUAUGUUGCGUUUCCAAAUUGUCUAGUGUCUGCAUGUGUGUGCGAUUUUGCCAAUGCGAUGGGCUGGCCCCACGUCCAGGGUGUCCCCCGCCUUGUGUCCCAAGCUCCCUGGGAUAGGCUUCAGGCUCCUCCUGUGUAGGAUACGCGGUAUGGAAAAUGGAUGAAUGAACAAACUGUCUGAUAUGAAGCUCAAGUAAAGGUCAUGUUCAUUAACAUGUACUGUAUGCACGGUGGUCCUUAGGAAGAAUUUAGUCUGGAUUGUGAUGUUUUAAGUUAUGCUACUAUUCAUAUCUUUAGUUGAGGCUAAUUAUGGGCAUAAUUCAAGCCAGAAUUCACACACCAUGCUGGCAUUGCUACCUCUGUUUUUUCUUUCUUCUUUUUUUCCAUAAAUGUUUCCAGGGGUACGGUAGGGGUAGGGUUUUUAUUUAUUUAUUUAUUUAUUUAUUUAUUUAUUCAUUCAUUUUUAUUUAUUUAAUUUUUUUUUUUUUACAAAAAACAUCUUUUGGUUUAGGCCACACCCAUUUACAGAUACAGAUAUAAAUAUGUUGUUACAAGUAUCAAUACAGAUUGUGAGUGAUAUUGUUUUAUACCCCUUAUCUAUAGUAACCCAAUAAUAAUAAAAAUACACCGAACAGUGGUGGUAAAGACACGGUACACAGAAUGACAGGAGCGUCAUAAUGAGGAAAUAGGAAGUAUAACUUUGCAAAUUUAAACAGAAUUUCGUAACGUAUGAGAUCGUGAGUAGGAUUUUACACGGGUGGAAUUUUUAUAUGCCUGCUCAGGUAGGAGGUGAGUUCGAGGUGUUGACAUCCUGCCUGAGGAAGCAAAACCAUGAAUGUGUGAAAUGUUGAUGAGAACGUUUACAUGCCCCCUAAGCAGUGAUUUGAACAUGGUUGAAAAGGCAUCUUAUCAGAUGCAGCCAUGCUGUUUUAAUGAACCUCAUGUAAUAACAAUCUGCCUACCAACAUUUCUAGUCCAGGCACUUGAUGAUUAAGCACUCGCACACUUUGGCACAUUUUCAAAUUGACUGCGAGGAAGUAAGACUAUGUGCACAUACUGUAGCUAAGAUAUAAACGCUGAGAGAAGGUGACAAACCACAAAACUGUUUCGCUUGUGUUGUGGUUUUUGUGUAGAUUGCUUUAAAACUGAUGCUGCAAUAUUAUUGUGUAAAUAUUAGUUUUUAUUCUUUUAAUUUUUUUUUAAUAACAGCUCUAUGCAGUGCACUGGGCUGUACUUAUCAGGUUGAUAAGAUUUCAUUUGUUUUCUACAUUCUCUCUUUUUUUUUUUUUUUCUCCCUUUUUUUUCUUUUCUUUCUCUCUAACCAGUUGCAUGAUGGGGUAGAAUCUACAGUUUACACACAAUUGUUUGGUUUCUUCUACCCAGUAUUGUCCUCUUUUGUGGCUAGUAUGUACUUUCCUGAGUAUUUAUUAAUGUCCUGUUCAUUUAUUGUUCGUUUGCCCUUGUCUCUCAUUGUUGUGUAUUUACACGUUAUGUAGUCCUGGGUAUCCUGCCACUGCAUUAUGUGCUGCACCAUGGUCCUGGAAAAAAUUAUCGUAGAGGAAUGACAAUAAAAACCCACCUGACAUGAUCUUUUAGAUUGUUGAGAUUAUCGCCGUCCAGCCUGAUGGAGCAUAUCCAAGGGACCUGGAAGACCCUGAGUAAUGGGUUUGGAUUCAGAGACUCAGUGUUUGAAGAUUCCAGCAUGUCUCCUACUAUAACCAAAAGCUUUCCUUAUCGCAGACGCUCAUCGGAUGAUGAGAAAAUCACAAACCCCUCCAAAGCUAACACGAUACGUGUUUAUCUGCCAAAUCAGCAGCGCACUGUGGUGAAUGUACGACCAGGCAUGACCCUGCACAGCUGCCUCAUCAAGGCCCUUAAAGUUCGAGGACUCCAGCCUGAGUGCUGUGCUGUGUUCAGACUCCAUCCAGAACAACCUAGAAGCAAAAAAUCUCGUAUGGACUGGAACACUGAUUCUACCUCACUCAUCGGGGAAGAGCUGCUGGUAGAAGUCUUGGAUCACGUACCGCUAACGACGCACAACUUUGUACGAAAGACGUUUCUGAAGCUGGCCUUCUGUGACAUUUGCCAGAAGUUCCUUUUACAUGGCUUCCGAUGUCAGACGUGCGGCUACAAAUUCCACGAGCACUGCAGCACCAAAGUCCCCACAAUGUGUGUUGACUGGAGCAACAUUCGACAGCUCCUUUUGUUUCCCACACCUGGAGAAAGUGGAACGCCGUCACUACCACCUCUCUCAUCUCGGAGGAUGCGAGACUCUUUAUCCCGACUUCCUGCCAGCGCUUAUCACAGACACUCUACACCUCAUGCCUUUAACUACAUUGCGCCUUUGCCACCCUCCAGUGGUUCUCUCUCCCAGAAACAGCGCUCCACGUCCACACCGAACGUCCACAUGGUCAGCAGCAGCCUGCCUGGAGGCGGGGCUUCAUCUGAGGAUGCCUCAAAAAGUCAGGACUCAGGAAGACAUCCUAAUCUCAGUCCCACAGGGUGGUCUCAGGCCAAAACUCCAGGCCCUGUUCAUAGAGAAAAGGCUUCAUCUAAUACUCAGGACAAAAACAGAAUACGGCCCAGGGAGAAGCGAGACUCCUGCUACUACUGGGAGAUUGAUGCCAGCGAGGUGGUUCUGCACUCCUGUAUUGGGUCCGGGUCAUUUGGGACGGUUUUCAAAGGGAAAUGGCAUGGUGAUGUUGCGGUGAAGAUUUUAAAGGUCAAAGAUCCGACGCCAGAGCAGUUUCAGGCCUUUCGCAAUGAGGUGGCGGUUCUGAGAAAGACUCGACAUGUCAAUAUCUUGCUAUUUAUGGGCUACAUGACCAAAGAUAACCUGGCCAUCGUGACUCAGUGGUGUGAAGGAAGCAGCCUUUAUAAACACCUGCACGUCCAGGACACCAAACUGCAGCUGUUCCAGCUGAUCGAUAUCGCCAGACAGACCGCUCAAGGCAUGGACUAUUUGCAUGCAAAGAACAUAAUCCACCGGGACAUGAAGUCAAACAACAUCUUUCUCCAUGAAGGCUUAACGGUGAAGAUCGGAGACUUUGGUUUGGCCACGGUGAAGACGAGGUGGAGCGGCUCGCAGCAAGUAGAGCAGCCUUCAGGAUCCAUUCUUUGGAUGGCUCCUGAGGUGAUCAGGAUGCAGGACAGUAAUCCCUACAGUUUCCAGUCAGACGUCUACGCCUACGGUAUUGUGCUUUAUGAGCUGAUGACCGGGGAGCUCCCGUAUUCUAUGGUUGCGAACAGAGACCAGAUCAUCUUCAUGGUAGGAAGAGGUUACUUGUCUCCAGACCUGAGCAAGCUGUAUAAGAGCUGCCCCAAAGCUAUGAAGAGACUCGUCGCCGACUGCAUUAAGAAGUCGAAAGACGACAGGCCGCUAUUCCCUCAAAUUCUGGCCUCAAUAGAGCUGCUGCAACACUCCCUGCCCAAAAUCAACCGCAGCGCGUCGGAGCCGUCGCUUCACAGAGCCGCUCACACGGACGACAUCAGCAUUUGCACUCUGACCUCCACAAGGCUCCCUGUCUUCUAAUAUGGCUGCCUGUGUUUUUUUUUUUUUUUCUUCUUUUUCCCAGAAGUUCCUUCUGCUAGACCUGGAGCACAUCAAUCACAUUACCGUAUUUUCAAUGAUUUCUCAGAAUGAAGCACAAAGAGUAGAAAAAGCCUUUUACAGCAUUUUAUUUUGGUUCUGCUGUAAUGUAAUCAUCAUGUUUGACUGCAUUCCUUUCACAGUAGCCAAAGGUCAGUCGAGUAAAAGACAUGCCCAGAGAGCACUUUAAAAAAAAAAAAAAAAAAAAAAAAAAAAAAAAAAAAAAAAAAAAAAAUUUAUUAUACUUAAUUUAUUCUAUCUCAUUUGGUGUGAUGAGGUAUACAGCAGUGCAUCAAAUACACUAUUAAUACCCUACGACUGGGUUUUAGCUACAUAACCUAGCACAUGCUUCAUCAUAAAUAUUGGGUCAAUCCAUAAUUCCUGGUAUAGUGGCUUAAAAUGAAAACGCUGUGAUGAGUUGUCACUCAAAAUUGCACCAAAAGAGCAGCGUUUUUAUUUAUUUAUUUAGUUCCCCUGCCCAAUUAAACAAAAAAACAGCAGUCGACGCAUGAAUCUGCACUGAUUGACAUUUGUGUAAGUGUUUUGAAGUCUCUGAUAUUAGCCCUUCCCCCCCAUUCUCACAGGAGUAAUCUUUCAGCUGUUGUUCUCGUCUCGAAAUGAUUGUCUCGCUUGAAAGACGCGACGCCUACUCUUUCUGUUUGGAGUUCAUUAACGUGAAAUAAAAUCAAAGUAUGUUUGACUUGGCUAACACUAAACAAGCAUAUAGUGAACAUCAUCAGUUAAUUGGAUUUGUUUCAAUUUCAACUUUUCAGCUGAAAUUGGUCAAAAAUGGCACUUUUCAGCCGAAAGAGGGACAAUCUAACACUUUACAAAUAAUAUUAACGGCCAUGAUGAUUAGAAAGUGAUUAAAAACGUGGUUUGCAGAUGUGUUCAACCAGUGCAGUUAAGCCCGUCAUCCUAAAAACUGGA